UAACUUUUUAAGGGGAAUGAAACAAUGCAUUGUUGGCAAUGUCUUAAUGAGUCCUGACGCAGUGGAACUAUUGAGAUACUUGUUUGAAGAAUUCUUCUUUGGAACCUCAAGAGAUUCGAUUACUUCUAUCUACGAACAUAAACACUUGGCUAUGAGCUUAUCUUUCGCAUAAAUAGUUUUAAAAGCAUUGCAUUUCCCAAUCAUGAAGCCAAUUGUUGCGGUACCCGCGACCCUGGCUCUGGUGUAUCGGGCCUGGUCCCGGAAGUCUUUAACAGCUAUUGGUAUAGUUGCUGCUGCGCUCACGGCUGUGGUGCACGCUUUACAUCCAAGCUCCGCGCCGUUUGCUUUCCUCGUUGUUUUUUUUUUGAGUGGAACCUACGUUACGAAGAUAAAACAUGAUGUUAAGUCUCGAUUGACCGUUUCUUCAACUGGUUCAGUGGGAGGUGAGGGACCUAGAACUCAUGUCCAGGUGCUGGCAAAUUCUGCAGUCGCGUCCUUUUUAAUUCUUUUGGAUCUGCGUCGCUUGCGGACGGAGAACCAGCCAGAGUCUGACUGUUUUCCGUACGGGGGAGAUCUACUCAUGGUUGGGAUAGUCGCCCACUACGCCGUUGUAGCUGCAGAUACAUUUUCAAGCGAACUCGGGAUACUCUCGAAAAGCAAACCCAGGUUGAUAACAUCAAUAACUUUCCGUAAAGUCCCGCCAGGCACCAAUGGCGGUGUCACGUUGACAGGACUCCUGGCAGGUGCCCUUGGAGCUUUCAUCAUUGCAGGGACAUCGUUGAUACUUCCAUUCUGUCCCAUCGAUCCCGCGGAUGGCAUAGCAAAGUCCGGUUUCGACGGCGGAAAAGCAUGGGGCUGGCGAGAGAAAACCUUCUGGAUUAUCGCCGUCACGAUAUGGGGCACGCUAGGAAGCGUGGUGGAUAGCAUUCUAGGUGGCCUCCUCCAAGCUAGCGUUGUUGAUAAACGUACUGGCAAGAUUGUAGAAGGAGCUGGCGGGCGGAAAGUACUUGUACACCCCGGUGAAUCAAUAAUCACCGGCCUGGAAGAACCAUCUAACAGAGAGGGAAGCAGGAUCCGUGUUGCGGAGGAUAUUGCAAAUAUCCUGACUUCUGAGCCGACUCUGAGGAAGCGGCGCUCUUACAGUUUGGGAGGUCCUCCUGAUUUGGAGCAUGAAAGCCGCCAGAUCGAGAGUGGGUAUGAUUUGUUGGACAAUAAUCAAAUCAACGUUUUGAUGGCGGGAAUAAUGAGCGGUUCAGCCAUGCUUGUUGCAUCGUAUGUCAUGUAAAUGGCCGCUGGAUUCACGUUUUUAUUUUGCGGACACAACUCAGUUCAAAAUAUACAUUUCAUGUCGCGGUUCUAUGUAAUGACGAUGGUUUAGUCGGCCUUCGCUGCGCGUGGCCUUACUUUAGCGUUACGUGGUGUCGUUCAUAUCUUUUAGUUAUUACCAUUUACCAUUUGUCAUUUCCUAUUUACUCCUUUCACAUUCUCAUUUCCUACAAUACAAGAUACCUGUUCUGAACCAAAGGAUAGAAUUUUCCAUCUUUUGCUGAAUGUUAUGUGAUUAAAAAUAGUAACAUUGUUGUGUAGCGUUCGUAGUUCUUUUUAAAAGAAGAGACUAAGCAAGAACAAUUGUACAUUUAACAAUAUUCACCCUAAAUUUAUUAUAUACAUUAAUGUUGUAUUGUCCAGGCAAUGUAGUAGAUUAUGACUCUGCCAGCGGAAGGAAAAAAGAAAAACAUAUAUUGAUAAUGACAGACAAAUAGCAUGCUGCUCUUGCAUCUUGACAAAUUUGUGGAGCUCAAAAAUUGAAUAAUUUUAGAUGUCUCGAA